AUGAUGUUGGACGAGAAGUACGGUCUCAUGCAAGCAGAAGAACGUCACGGUUUCGAGGGUGACGGAUUCGUAUACCUCAAGAGCCCGGUUUGGUGGGCUGGUAUCUCAACUUUGGUCGUUGGAGAAAUCUGCAAUUUUGCUGCCUAUGCAUUCGCGCCAGCCAUUCUCGUUACACCUCUUGGAGCUCUCUCUGUCCUGAUCGGUGCUGUUCUGGGUUCAUACUUCCUGAAGGAAGAGCUUGGAGUUCUGGGUCGCCUGGGCAGUGCAAUCUGUCUAAUCGGCGCCGUCAUCAUUGUGCUGCAUGCGCCUCCAGAUGAAGAUAUCCAGACUGUUGACCAGAUCCUGCACUACGCUAUUCAGCCGGUCGUCAUGAUUUACAGAGUCGCGCCGCUCCACGGAAAGAAGAACCCGAUCAUUUACCUCUCCAUUUGCUCAACGGUUGGAUCAGUCUCGGUCAUGUCUGUCAAGGCCUUUGGAAUCGCCCUCAAGCUCACCUUCGCCGGAAACAAUCAGUUCAGCCACCCUUCGACUUACGUUUUCAUGAUCCUCACCACCGUUUGUAUUCUGACGCAGAUGAACUACUUCAACAAGGCUCUUGCUCAGUUCCCCACCAACAUUGUCAACCCUCUCUACUACGUAACCUUCACGACAAUGACCCUAUGCGCCUCCUUCAUCCUUUUCGGCGGUUUCAACACUACCGACACGGUCAACACGAUAUCCCUUCUCUGCGGUUUCCUGGUUACCUUCACCGGCGUCUACCUAUUGAACCUGUCGAGAUCGGACCCGAACGGACACAAGUAUGUUGCAGGCCGCGGCGGCGACGAUGCCACCGGCACGGAUAUGAUCUCUACAAUUCAGACUCGUUUGAGUAUGCAGGCACGCCGGAGUGGAGAUCCCCACCGGAUGAGCAUUGGCAGCCGUCACGGCGAUACAACGGGGUUGAUGAGGGCCUACGAUGAGGAGGCUGGUGCCGAAUUCGGGCUCACCGAUCUAGCCGACGAGAGCGACGACGAGAAUGACCGCCACAGAGCCAACGGGUCCGCCAACGGCCACUCGAAAACAUACAAUGAGACAAUUGAGCUUCAGAACCAGAGGUCCGACAGAUGA